UUAGCCUCAAAAAAACCGCCGCUCGACGCGCUGCGAGCUGGCAGCCGUCCUAGGACUGUAGGAGCAGCCAGGAGACUGCCAACUUGUGUUCUGCAACACGUUGGCAGCCUUUGGUUGGCUCUCGACGCGGCAGGGCUCCCAACAAGGCAGAGAGCUCCAAAUUCUUUUCAUAUUUCCAGCCGUCUCGCCGCGCGUAGAGGGACGAAGCAAGCACACACACGUCUGCUUGUCAGCCCUCGACGCGAUCGACGCGAAAAAACCGCCAGAAACAGAAUGGUUUGCCUCCGAUCGCUCGCCGUGCUCGCGACGGCCGCCGCGCUGCAGCCGCCGCCGGAAAGGUGGGCGAAGCGCGGCCCGCCACCGGACUUGGUCGAGCCCAAAGCUUUGUCGCGCUUCGUGACGCAGCGCAGCGUCCAGCAGCAGCUCUACUAUUUCUCCUUGACGGCCGACGGCACGAGCCACGACUACCUGGCUGAGUAUCUAAGACCGCCCCCCGGCGACGACGAGUAUCGCACGCGCGCGCCGCCGCUCGACGAGGACUACCACGGCGUGGAUGCGUUACCAACAUCUACGUCGAGGGACUACCUCUGUAGAUUACUGGAGGAGCCGGACAUCGAGAUCUUGAUCAAGAAGGAGAUGGGCUGCGGCGGCGGCCACGAGUCGCGGUCGUACGACUCGCGGACGGGCACGUACAUCAACCGGAGCGUGAACCCCUACCUCCAGAAGCGCUACCACGAGUACACGAUGGACAUCCGCCCGAAGGCGAUCUGUCGGCAGCUCUUUGCGAUCCGGGAGCAGAUCUCGGGCGAACUCAUCGAUGAUUUGAGAGAGCUGCCGCGGAAGGACAAUGAACUUUCAAAGGCGCGGGCGUUGUACGACGAGGACCGGCCGUCCUUCGACGAGUCGCGGCUGGGGGAUGCCGAUGGGAGUAGGGCGUCGCCCUUCCGCGCGGCAACGUAUGAAUUGGCCUUGCAGCUCUGCACGGCCUUCGCCGUCGAGAGCAUCCUCGCGAACGUCGAGGACCGGGAAUUGGAGCGGACGUGGCGCGCGCACCGCGAGGGCUUCUUCUGCCACAACGUCUGGUCGCGCGGCGACGCGACGCGCCGCUCCGUCACGGACGCCUUCAUUUCUGAUUUAGUGCUUGCGACGCGGCCGUCCGCCGACGGCGAGCGCCUCGAGUCGCCCGCCGACGCGGUGCUGAUCCGCCGCUGCGGCAUCGCGGCGGAGUGGGCCGACGCUUUGGAGAAAGUCCCGGAUGAGCACCUCGCCUGGAACGGGUGGGUGCUCGAGAAGUCCCUCGCGUGAUUGGAUAGGGUCGCUGGCCGUCGCCGACGGGCAGUCUUAAACAUAAUAGUGUCAAAUUUA